AUGCAAGUGCUACCGCGCAGCGGGUAUGGAGUGCACAAAGUGGUGCACACGUGCGUGGCGGCGGGUCGCGGGGCCGUGCAACGGGGGCGUGCCGUCGUGCGUACUCCGCGCGCCGCAGAUAUGGAUUUAAGAUUAACGAGGCCACGUAAACGUGCUGGCGCGGGGGUCGGGGCGCGCGCCGUGUUUACAUGCGGGUGCAGGCGGCGGGUGCAGCGGGCGGGCGAUCGAUCGCUGGGCGGGGCGGGAGCGGCGCCGGGCGGCGGGGGGCGGGGCGAACGCGCGCCGGCCGCCAGUCCGCCUCGGGGCCGCGUCCGCGCGGUCGUCGCUUGUCCCGCGGUGCGGCGCGCCGGAGUGUCACCGAAGGCGCCCGGCGGCGGCGGCGAGCCUCGCGCCGCCCGCCCCCGCGCCGAUGCCGCUACCGCCCGCUCGCGUAGUGCACCCUCACCCCCACCCCGCGACCUCCGCGCAGCAGGCCGGCGCCGCGCGCGCAGCUUGGCCGCUCGUCUAGCGCUCUCCUUGCCGCCCGCGCACCCCGCUCCGCGGCUGCGGCCCGUGUUCCUGUGGGCGCGCCAGCGCGACGGUACAGUGCAAGAAGUUCGCUGUGAAGACUACGACUCGCGUAACCGAAUUCGCAUCGCGCGCACCCCGUCCGGGUGGCGUGUCAUACCGCGCACCGAAAUAUUCGACACAAUCCUCGUGCCGGCCGCGACGGUUCGAGAGAAACCAGAGCGGCGCCGGCGCCGACGCCCAGGAAGGCCGCGAAGACGGCGCGUGGAAGCCCCUACGUCCGCGGUCUCGUGGCUAGCGCCCGACCUGGAGUCGCAUAUUCCCUCGCACACCAUAGCGGUGCCUCGAGCACCCCCGCCGCCGCCGCCUGAACCGACACCGCUGGACAAUUUGCUCGCGGUGGCGGAGCUGGAGUUCAACCAGCAGCGCGGCGAGGAGGCGCUCGAGCUCGAGCUGCAGGGUGACACUGCGUCACAGUACCCCUUCUUGCCAGAGGCGGAAGAGGUCGCUUGUGACGUCAUGUCCUUUCAGCUCGGUGACCCUAAGCAACCAGAGGACAUAUUCUUCGAUCGUAAAACACAUCUUCCGGAAAGAACUGCCGACGAGGAUUUCCAGAGUGAUAUUGCACACGUGCACAAAGACCUGUUUGAGACGAUAAGCGAGGCGCAUUAUUUGCCCGAGCUUGGAGGCCCACACGACGAGGCUCUGCUCGAGUCUCUAGUCGAGAAAGGCUGUGAGGAUAAUCAGAUCCUUGGGCAGACACUUGACAAAUUUGCGCAUCUGGUGCACGCUAGCGGUGACUACGCUGAGGAAGAAGACGACAUGCUUCUAGGCGGCGCUCCAGUCACUGAUAUUAUUGAUCGACUCGGGGAGUCUCUAGAAUCACCCAGUCGCAGUAGCAUGACGGCUGCACAAGGCCUCCUUCAUUUACAUCAUAUAGGAGAUCAUCUAACACAGUCAGACCACCAGCAGAGCAUAGAGCAGACGUACUUGACGGAAGAAGUGUUUGUAAACGCUGAAGCGCAGUCUGAGUGUCCAUUAGAGACGUUGUCUACGGACACAGAAAUGCAAGGAGUAACGGACGUUAACCAAUUAGAUUAUGAUCGAAAUGCUGAGAAGAGACUACAGACUGAUGGCGACCCCGCCGAUGCAAUGUAUACUGAGCAAGUACCUGAUCUACCUUAUAAUAAUAAAUCGACAAUACAGGAAGAACAAAAUCGAACGUUACCGGAUAACAGUGAAGUAACACUACCCAGUGAGAUUUCGAAUGACGAAAAUAUUUCAAGUUGUACUGAAACUAUUGUGCCUAAAAUUGAGGCGGAAGAUUUUGAUGAAGGUAAUGUUCCAAACUUAGAUUUAUUUAAACAACAAUCAGACGAAUCGUCAGACGGUGCAGCAGAUGGUGUAGAAUUAGUUGCCACAGAUUUAAGUAAAAAGGCUUGCGAAAAAAAAGGAAAACAAAAAACUGUUGCUACUAUCGCUGAAACUACAAACUCGAAUGAGGAUAUCGUGUCGGAACCUAAAGACCUAAGCGUGCAUCGAAGACUCCCUACUCCGCAUGCAUCACCAAGAAGGAUAGAUAUACCGCGUGCACCAUCAAGGGAGUCCGAUGCUAUGCAAUCACCCCAACCGAGCGGUAUCCCCGCUGUACCGUCGUCUCCAGAAAUAUUUACUAUGCCGCAUACGAAAAGCAAACAAUCUUUGUUUUUAGAAUCUUUGCUUUCUUCACCUUCACCAAAAAUGUAUACAUCAGAAGUCACCAUCACUAAACAGCACAGUGAACCGUUGAAUUUAGGCAAACAUAGAAAAUCUGCAAGUCCGACUGUCACCAGCUGCUCUGACGAAAUGAGAAAAUUGAAUAAGGAAUUUGGUGAACCUCAAGAGAAAAGAAGGCGAGAGUCAACAGAAGAUUUGGCUAAGAUUAGCAAAGUAUUCAACAGAUGUGAACGGGAAGAUCAAGUUGAUACUAACCCUGAUCUACCACUGAAAACGCCAGAAAGGCGGCAAAAAGAUAAAGACGAUUUAAGUCCACUGAAACAGCUGCAACUCCUUAAGAAUAAUCCUGCUGUCAACAUGCCAGAUCCUCUUUUGAUACCAAAAGAAAAAUUGUAUUUUAUACUAAAAUCUCCUGCGCGUGAAAUUCCAGCCCUUUUGGUGGAAAGGCCCGAAUUGAGAAUGCCAGAAGCAUUGAAUCAUCGGGCUCUCUUACAAGACCCAAAUAUUCUCUGCAUAGCAAUUUCGCAAUUAGAAACCAUUUUGGAAAGAGAAGCAAAAUUAGAAUUGUUGAGAUCACUUCAAAACGCUGCAAAAAGUGCUUCGAGUUCAGAACAAACGAACAUAUCGCAACCCGACCAGAAUAAAACAACAACAUCUACGGAUGGUUUAGCAGGGGAACUUGACGUAGCGAAUUCAAUGAUAUAUAACCAUAUGUUGUGGGUACCCUAUUUCACCCAACUCGAGGCCAUGGCAGCGUGUUCACAAAACGCGGACUUUUUAAAAGCACUUAGUUCUUCCGGUUAUCUGGGCUCUAAUUACGCAGACUUAUCGCUUAUGAAUCCGGCAGCUCGUCUAGGUGUGGGACCAACUGGUUUUCCGAUGGUUUCAUCCAUGGACUACGAUAAUAGACUUCAAUUUGCUAUGUGGCAGGAAGCGAUGAACAACACGAAUGUAUCACAACAACAAAGGGCUAAAAAUAACAGUGCAGUGGAAGCUCAGAUGAGAGAGAUGGCGUCGAAAUCCUCAGAUGUACAAAAUCCUUAUGUUCAUUCGACUAAAAACCACCAGAGCAUAGGACAUAACAACAUGUCAUCGCGAUCGAGUCCAAUGGCGUCUAACUACAACGCUGCCGCAGCCGUAGCCGCCGGACAGCGUGCAGCCGCAUUACAACACAAUCAAUUUCUCCAGAAUAUGUACUCGGGAAUAAACCCUAACAUUAGACCAAACGUGCCACUGUCAGGCCUCCAGAUUUCGCCCUAUUACAACCCCAAUCUGAUGGGCAGAGAUCAGCGAUCGCCAAGGAGUAGUCAACAAAAAAGUCCGUCAUCUCCUUUCUAUCCGAACAACAAUUAUUUGCAAUCAGUGCAAUCCAAGCAAUCUGAUACCCAGAUGCAUCGUCAGAGGAGUAGUUCGACUGGAUCGCAUCAGUCGACGGAGUCGCCGCGGCCAAGGAUCAGUGUGAAAUCGUUGCAUAAUUUAUUGGAACCGACGGCAGCAGCUGCCGCGACCGGCCCGCAUUCCUCCUCGGGGAGGCGCAGCUCAAACCCUCCGGCGGCGGCGCUGGGUCGACGGCGAGACGAACCGGAGGUGGGCAGCACCACGCCGCUCGGAGAACCGCCGCUCAUGCCGCCUCACCCGCACGAUCCGGCUUCCUUUCACUUAUGGCACCCGCUCUUCGGCAAGUGA